UGAGCCGGGGCAGCGCCGGCAUGCCUGCCUCGGCCGAGAGGUGUCAUUCUCCUUCGCCAGUACUUCAAGGCACAGAGGAGCUGGUAAAGGCAUUGCCAUGAAACCUAACUUGAAGCAAUGGAAACAACUCAUGCUGUUUGGAAUCUUUGCAUGGGGUCUGCUUUUUCUAGUGAUCUUCAUCUAUUUCACAGACAGCAACAGUGCUGAGCCAGUUCCCAGUUCCUUUUCUUACAUUGAAACGAAGAGGCUCCUGCCCCUACAGGGCAAGCAGAGAGUCAUCAUGGGAGCCAUACAUGAUCCUUCAUUCUCUGAAGCCAUUGAUGGGAAUGAGGUACUCCUUAAUGAAGAUCUUUUAGACACAUUUAAAUCAGAGACUGGAAGUAUUAAGAAAUGGACUGAUUUGGAAGAUGCCUUUAGAAGCGAAGACGAGUUUUUUCCAUCACAGGUAGGACGAAAAUCAAAAAGUGCUUUCUACCAAGUGAACGAUGAUUAUUUAUUCGCUGCUGGUCAGCCUAUGUCACACAGCAACUUUCAGGAGGUAGCAAAAUUCAUCUCAGCCAAUGAGGAUAAUCCAAAAGAAAAUAUUUUACAGAACAACUGGGGCCAUCAGAGGAGAAUGAGGAGAAGGAGCACAAAGCACAGAAGAAGCCAGAUGCUUGAUGAAUCUGAUGACUGGGAUGGGCUGUAUUCUACAAUGUCGAAAUCCUUUCUUUAUAAGCUUUGGAAAGGAGAUGUCUCUUCCAAGAUGCUAAACCCUCGACUGCAGAAGGCGAUGAAAGAUUAUUUGAGCACCAAUAAGCAUGGUGUGCGUUUCAAAGGGAAACGAAACUCGAAGCUGACAGGCGACCAGCUUUUCUGCGAGCUGAAAGAAAGGGUGAAUGUGAGAACAAUAGAUGGCAAGGAAGCUCCCUUCUCCACUCUUGGAUGGGAGAAGCAUGUUCCUCAGAUUCCACUGGGCAAAUUGUAUACACAUGGCUUUGGGAGUUGUGCCGUAGUUAUGUCUGCUGGUGCAAUACUGAACUCCUCUCUAGGGGAUGAAAUAGAUUCUCAUGAUGCUGUUCUAAGAUUUAAUUCUGCUCCAACACGUGGCUAUGAAAAAGAUGUUGGGAAUAAAACAACGAUGCGAAUCAUUAACUCUCAGAUUCUCACCAACCCAAACCAUCACUUUGUCGACAGCUCCUUGUACAAAGAUGUUAUCUUAGUAGCCUGGGAUCCUGCGCCCUACUCUGCGAAUUUGAAUGUGUGGUAUAAGAAGCCGGACUACAAUCUGUUCACUCCCUAUGUACAGCAUCGCAGGAAGAAUCCAAACCAGCCUUUUUACAUUCUCCAUCCAAAGUUUAUAUGGCAGCUCUGGGACAUCAUUCAGGAGAACACUAAAGAGAAAAUACAGCCCAACCCUCCUUCUUCAGGUUUUAUUGGUAUCCUCAUCAUGAUGUCCAUGUGCAGCGAAGUGCACGUGUACGAAUACAUCCCUUCAGUCCGACAGACCGACCUAUGUCACUACCAUGAACUCUACUACGAUGCAGCUUGUACCUUAGGGGCUUAUCACCCGCUGCUCUAUGAGAAGCUGUUGGUGCAGAGGAUGAACAAAGGUUUGCAGGACGAUCUAUACCGAAAGGGGAAGGUCAUUUUGCCAGGGUUCAAGUCUGUCAAAUGCCCGGAACGAAAUGAUUUCCCACCCUUGUAG